GGCGGCCCCGGGGCCCCGGGCCAGGGCAGCGCGGCCGCUCGGCGGGGACAGGCCUGGCCCCCGCAGGCGCCGGGGGACCGGCCCGGCCUGGGGAGCAGCUGGGCUGGCUUUGCCCUGCUGGGGUGAAACGGGAAGAGAAGGAGCUUCGGUGCAGGAAUAAUAACAAGAGUGCACGCCCGUCCCGGAGCGGGGCACAGGCUAAAUGCGGCCGGGAGCCGGGCGAAGGCAGCCCGGCCGCCGCCUUAGAGCUAAUAAUAGGCAGUGUGUGCUCGCUGGCUCGCAGCAGGCUGUGCCGCGGUCUGCCACGCAGAGAUUUUAGUGAUUUAAUAAAAACCUCAGUUACGCAGAUACAUAAAACUAACAGAGAAAUAUAGAAAGCGUUAUUUAAAAUUGAAGUAAUGUUUAAGUUAAGCUAAGAAUAAUUUUUAUCAUAAUUAUUUUGGCAGAGUAUGAAAUUACUGUUGUAUAUUUUCUUAAGGUCUGGAGCAGAACCAAGUCUUCACGGGAACUCUUUGGUAAUCACCUAUGAAGCUCCUGAUCCUGAAGUUGCACUUUUGCAAUGAAGAAAAGGAGACGGCUCGCUGCAAGUCUAAAUGAAAAGGUUCAUCUUGGCCAUGAGAAAGAUACUUCAGAACAGAUUCUUGUAGUGGACUGUGCGCAAGAAAUUGUUUCCAAGUCUGCAGAAAUAGCUCCUGCAGAUCAGCUCGAAUCUUCCCAAGAACUUUCACCAUCACCAGAACAAAGAAAGCUCCUAAGCUCAUUGCAAUAUAACAAAAAUCUACUUAAAUACCUAAAUGAUGAUAGACAGAAACAUCCAUCGUUUUGUGAUUUACUCAUAAUUGUAGAAGGAAAAGAAUUUAGUGCUCACAAAGUUGUUGUGGCUGUUGGGAGUAGUUAUUUUCAUGCUUGUUUGAGCAAAAAUCCAAGCACCGACGUUGUCACGUUAGAUCAUGUAACUCAUUCUGUCUUUCAACAUUUGCUUGAGUUUCUUUACACUUCUGAGUUUUUUGUGUAUAAAAAUGAAAUUCCAUUAGUGCUGGAAGCCGCAAAAUUUUUAGACAUCAUAGAUGCAGUGAAGUUACUAAAUAACGAAAGUGUUUCCACUGUACAGACUGAUGUGGUAACUGAUGCACCUACACCAGUGGAAACACUCAGUGAACUGACAGGUAAACUGUUAAAUAGUCAUCAGUGCACUUACUGUGGUCGAAGUUUCUGUUACAAGAAGUCCUUGGAAAAUCAUUUGGCUAAAGCCCACCGCCCCCUUUCCCUGGAACAAAAGCAUGGGUUAAAAAUGGUUGAGAAGGCCAGCUUUUCCACCAGGCGCUCCACCAGAAGCCGGAAAUGUCCCGCUAAGUUCGGUAUCAGUGACACUGACAGCGGUGAUGCCUCUGACAGCAACUUGGAAAAAGUCAGUUCUGACAAGGAGACAUCUGAGAGAAGUGAGUUUGAAGACAGUGAAGAAAGUGAGUGCAAUGUGGAUGAAGAUGGGCAGGAAGAGGAGAUGUCAGGUGAAGAUUCAGAAUCUGAAGAACAAAGUGAAAAGGAACAGAAUGAUGCUGAAGAGGGUUCUGAAGCAGUUGACUCAAUGGGGAAUAUUCCUGAAGGCUUAGCUCCCGUCAUCAUUCAAAGCAGUAGCAAAAAGCUGCUGCAGUGUCCCAAGUGUGACAAAAAGUUUGAUCGAAUAGGCAAAUACGAGAGCCACACGCGUGUCCACACGGGCGAGAAGCCUUUUGAAUGUGACAUUUGUCACCAGCGCUACUCUACCAAGUCCAACCUGACAGUGCACAGAAAGAAACACUCCAGUGACACUGACUUCCUUAAGAAGGAACACAAAUGUCCCUACUGCAAUAAGCUCCAUGCAAGCAAGAAGACCUUAGCGAAGCACGUGAAGAGGUUUCAUCCAGAGAAUGUGCAAGAAUUUCUUUCUAUCAAGAAGACAAAGAGUGAGGGUUGGAAAUGUGAUAUUUGUAAGAAAUCUUUCACUCGAAGACCUCACUUGGAAGAGCAUAUGAUCCUUCACUCUCAGGAUAAACCCUUUAAAUGUACCUACUGUGAAGAGCAUUUUAAAUCCCGCUUUGCAAGACUGAAACAUCAAGAAAAAUUCCAUCUCGGGCCUUUUCCUUGUGAUAUUUGUGGCCGCCAGUUUAAUGACACAGGGAAUCUGAAACGCCACAUAGAAUGUACUCAUGGGGGAAAGAGGAAAUGGACAUGUUUCAUCUGUGGGAAAUCCGUCAGGGAACGAACAACUUUGAAAGAACAUCUGAGAAUUCACAGUGGAGAGAAGCCUCAUCUUUGCAGUAUUUGUGGGCAGAGUUUUCGUCAUGGAAGCUCUUACAGACUUCAUCUAAGAGUGCAUCAUGAUGACAAGAGAUAUGAAUGUGAAGAAUGUGGGAAAACAUUUAUUCGGCAUGACCAUCUGACAAAACACAAAAAAAUACAUUCAGGUGAAAAAGCACAUCAGUGCGAGGAAUGUGGAAAAUGUUUUGGCCGUCGAGACCACCUCACUGUUCAUUAUAAAAGUGUUCACCUAGGAGAAAAAGUUUGGCAGAAAUAUAAAGCAACUUUUCACCAGUGUGAAGUCUGUAAGAAAGUUUUUAAAGGGAAAUCCAGUUUGGAAAUGCAUUUUAGGACACAUUCAGGUGAGAAGCCCUACAAAUGUCAGAUCUGUAAUCAGUCUUUCAGAAUUAAGAAGACAUUAACGAAACACAUGGUUAUUCAUUCGGAUGCUCGACCCUUUAACUGCCAACACUGCAAUGCAACAUUCAAACGAAAAGACAAGCUGAAGUAUCAUAUUGAUCACGUUCAUGGCUCUAAGGCUGCAGAAGAGGCAAUGGCAUCUUCUCCAGAGGAAAAGCUAGUCUCCAUACCAGUGCAGUACACCUCUGAUGACAAAGUUUACCAAACUGAGGCGAAACAGUACGUAGAACAGUCCAAAGCAUAUCAAUCAGAAGCCAAAACUUUGCUGCAGAAUGUAUCCCCAGAAGUGUGUGUGCCUGUGACUCUGGUCCCCGUGGCCAUGCCAGACCCCCAAGCAGAGCUGGUGCAGCACAGUGCUCAGUCCCACGGCAUCCUUCCCCCGCAGCCCGAGCAGCCGGAUUAUCAGCGAGCCACGGAGCUCUCCUUCCUCGAGAAAUACACCCUGACUCCACAGCCUGCAAACAUUGUCCAUCCUGUAAGGCCUGAGCAGAUGCUGGAUCCUAGAGACCAGUCAUAUCUUGGAACUUUACUGGGGCUAGAUACAACUCCCACUGUACAGAAUAUUUCAAACAACGAACAUUCGUGAUCAGACCAUAACAUUCCACCGAAUUUACCGAGCCAUCGGCCACCAGAAGGCUGAUGUGGCAACUAAGAUUUAUAUUUUAUAUUUUAUUUGGACUCAUUAAGUCUCCUGCAUAGUUUUGGGAAAACAAUUUGUUUACAUAAUAUUUGAACAUUUAGGCACAAUUUGAUGCAUAUGAAAGAGUGUUUCUUGUGAUUUUAAGAGUUUUUAAAAAUCUUAUAGAUGGUCUUUUAAAAAUAAUGCUCAGAAAUAUCUUUUAAGGAUAGUGGCUGAAAAUGUAAUUACAUAUCGGGCUAUUAAUUUAUAAAAAUUGUUUGCCUUUCUGCAUCUCACUUUGAGUUAAUGCUUUAAGUGGAAUAGAAAGCAUUCUAAAAGAAUAAGGACUAUUUAAAAUUCAUAAAAGUUUCUAAGGGCAGGCAGGGCGAUGAAACACAAACUUUGAAUUAUGUUUCACACAGAAAUUAAUAUAUAAUUUUCUUGAUCCUGAGGCAUUUUUGGAGGAUUUUAAAGGUGGCUGGACUGUGGAGCCUAGCCAGUGAACACAGGCACUAGGUUCUUCUGAAAAGUGAUUUAUGAUACUUUAUGAAGACACUAAACAAGGUGUUCAAUGAUCCCCCUGAGUACCUAAAUUUGGCCUCUUAGUUCUUCUUUGAUCUCUAAUAUUGAAUAAUGUGGGAAGAGCUAGACAAUGGUAUUGUCAAUUUUCUACACUUAGUUCUAUAUAAUUUUAAGAUGCAUUUUUUCUUGCUUUUUCAAUCUUCUUUGUCUUCUAAAGUGUACCUCACACUCUAACUUCAAAAGAAAUGGGAGGAGUAUUUGCAAGGUCAUUUUAAACCAUGAACAGUCACAAAGGGUUGGUAUGCUAAAGCAUAAAUGAUAUCAGGGUCCCACAUUAAUGUGCCCAUAUUCAGGUUAUCUGUGAUAGAGGAGAAAUUUAAAGACUGUUCCAGAACAGUAUUUCAUUUCUAUUUAAAAAAAAAAAGAAAAUCAGUAAUGCUAAAUCUCUUGUGAGUUGCUAAUUGAAUUGUUUUGUUUCUUACUUUCUUGUACUGUGUUUAUAAACCAAAGUUAAACUCUUGAGAGUAUUCUAUGUCUAAUUAUUUUUAGCUCUUUCUUUACUAGACAUAAGGGGUUUUUUUCAAAAAAACCCAGUUGGAAUUACAAGUGGUGUCACCAUGAAAUCUAGUAUAGUUUAACCUCAUCAAGCUUUCUCUUUUAAGUGUACUUUAAAAAUAAUUACUCUGUGUUUGUUUGGUGAAUAUGAUGCCAAAGAAAGUAUCUGAAGUAACUAUAAUCUUCAUAAUUCCUCACAAGAAUUGUAUAAUAAGAUUUCCAUCCUACUAUGAAUUAAGAUUGAAAUUUUUCUCCAGUUUUCUCUAUUCUUAAAUUAUUAUCUGAAAGAAUCUUUAAAAUGGGAAACUGGAUUUAUGUGUAUUGCUGUAACUGUUAAAUUUAUUCAGUGAGCUGAGCACAAGGGAGUUGUGAUGAGGUGACUCUCUUAUCACAGUUCUAGAAACUCUAAAGUGGCACAGAUCAUUUGAGAUUGUAUUCAGAUACUUUGGUGUUAGAUUCUAUUAAUCAUCUACUUCAGUGUUGAGCAGUUUGCAGGAGAGGGGCCAGAACUGCCUGAAUGUUCAUAUUUUGAAGCUUGUACCCUAAUGGAUUCUUAACCUAAACACACCAAAGAUUUCUGUUAGCUGUUAAAUAGUGGCAGAGUUAUAGAAUUGUAAGUGUUAUCAAUAUUUAAAUAGGACUUAGCCAAAGAAGCACAAUAGAAGUCCUAAACUUUAAAAGUUCAGUUUCUAAAACAGGACUACAUAUGUUUAACUGUUCUAUGUUUGUAACUCUAAAGUAAAAUUUAGAGCUGUGCUCUGGGAAUGUUCAGACUGACAUGCUGUAAAUAGAUCUGGGAAGAAGCUGAAGACUAGCAAAUACACAGCAAUAACAAGGCCAUUGAAUGCCACUUCUGAAAGGACACUAUCAAGUACUACCCUUUCUGCUUUCUCACUCCACCUUUCAUCUCCUUUCAAAAUAAAACUGUUUCUGUCACCUUUACACUCCAUGGCUUGAAAAUGGCUGGUUUAUGUGUACUUUUCAAGUCUACAUGUGUGUAUCAUACUUAUACUAUUCAUGUGCACAUGAAACAUGAUUUCUACUGCAUUUGUAAGUGUACUGUUGAAAGUAACCCAACAUCAGUGGUGUCAGUGCAGUGCUCAGACUAAAAGCCUAAUUCUUUGUUAUUUCUUGUCUUUUCUGUCUUACAGUAGAAAUGAGUAUUGUGGGUUUUUGACAAAACAGUAGUUUCAAAGUGAUUGGUAAAUAAUUGUUACUUUUAAAGUCCAGUCUGUUUGGAAGGCACUCUAGGAAAACACUGAAUUGGAAUUUGGAGCAUAUUUACUUGAUAAUGUCCUUUUAAAAAUUCUUUCAUGAUUGUGCCUUUUAUAUCUAUUCUAAAGAAUGGCUUUUUUCUCUAGUUGAGUUGUUUAUUCAGAAAAUGUUAAGGUCAAUAACUUUCAAAGGGCUCCAUGUUUGUGCAUGCCCAACAAGAAAUGGACUAUAAAAGGACUCGUUUUUGAGAAAAAUGAGUGCUUUUUGCUGUUUGGGUGACCAGAAUUAAUAGUCAUUCCUGGAAAAAAUUACCUACUAGUUCUUUGGUGUUCUUUUGUUUGCAGAUAACCCUACUAGUUAGUGUUUGUACCUGCUGGUCAGGCUGGGUCAUUGCCAGUUGACAGUGAAAGACAAUAGGAAAGCUUAUGUGCUAGAUACAUAGUUUUUAUUUUUAUUUAAUAACAUGAGCUAUAAUUUGUAUGGCUUUACAUCUACUUAAAAUUCAUAUAUGAGCAAAGUAAAUUUUAAUGGGCUGGGACUUCGUUUGGUAGGUGAGAGGAUCUGGUUUCUGCUUGGUAGAAGACAGUCCCUGCUAGGAGGACUGGGGUUGAGGGGCAGAGGGCUGCACCUCUCAGCUCAGGGGCUGGAGCUCCUCAGUGCCUGCUCCCCCCAUUCAGUGUGUGCUCAUCAGAGUGUGGGUGCUGUUGAUGUGGAGGGGAACUUACAAGGAAUGUUUUAUCAGGCAGUCCCUAGACCAGUUGAGUGUUUGUUGCCAAAGAAGGAAGAAGCAGGUGUCUCUUAAAAAGAUCUGGAAAGAGUGUUUAGUGGCACAUUGCAAAAAGUUGAUCUUUUCCACAUGCUGAACUUUGGGAAGAAAAGUGGAGUCUGUGCUGGUACUCCAGGCUGCUGCAUGAUUCUGAGAACUUAGUGCACUCGUUCUGUUCAAACAUUAAAUUCUGUAUUUUUUUGCUAUACAAAUUUGCUAUACAAUUUCUGGUUGUAGACUGAGUUACUGCCUUUAAUUCUUUCAAUGGGUUUUAUGUUCAGUUUAUUUAUUUGUAUUGGAAUUUCCUCUUUGAGCACUGACACUUUUCUUACAGAGGUGUAUCCCUCAUGGGUUCUUUUCACGCUGAACAUCAGUCAUUGUAAUGGUGAAGUUAUUUUUCUGUAAGGCGGUGGUUUCCUUAAAAACACAGUGCUACUGUUGUCUGGAUUAUAAUCCCAGUAGUUGUUCCUAAAAAUGGGUCAUGCCAGACCACAAUGACAAAAGAUGUAUUUGGUGUCAUCAAAGAGCUGAGCUUAUUUCCCUCUGACAAAUGUGAAAGAGCCUCCAGAGCUGAAGAAGGCUUCCAGGGAGUCGCCUCACAAUGUGCUUGAUCGAACAGGAAACGUGUUAUGGACUGCUAAGGAAUAAAUGACCCUCAAGCUUUUAAUUUAAAACAACUUCUCUGUAGCAGUUCAUGAAUGUAGAAUUAUGAAUGAAGUCUGUAGAUGAAUAGAGGUUUUUUUUUUCCCCUGGUAACAAUAAAAAAUAUGUGACAUUUCUUGUGGAACACACAAGCGUACCCGAUCCAGCCUGUGUGUUCCCCAUACGGCUGGGGCUGAAGGGAAGCAGAGUGCAUUUAUCUGUAGGUCCUUGUGGCUGUUGUCCUGGGGGAUCUUGCUCUACAGCACAGUCUCACAACAAUUUGGUUAUUUCAUCCUGUGCAUCCAAGAAUGUCACUGGCAGAAUGUAAUGCAGGGCAGUCACCUUGCCUAAGGCCGAAAGGGAUUUUUCAUGGUUUAUUAGAAAUGUUUUUGUUUAUAAGGUUUUGAUGGAUUAAAGGUUAAAAUGACAAAAUUUUUUUAAUCCCCUAUAACAGUUUUGGUCAUGUUAAAUGUUGGUCCUUUUAUAUGAAAGAAUAGGGUGAAAAGAACUCAAUAUUUUGUCACUCAUAUAUUGAGAUAAUGUGUUUUAGAUGUCAUCUGUACAGGUUAGUAUUUUAGAUGGAAGUCUUUAAAGUUGUCUUUUUAGGGGAAAUCCUUUGCUGUAAGGAAAAGUUAGGAAGUGUACUGUAAAUGUGGAAGUACUCAGUCCUAUGUGUAAUUUUGUUUGCUAUGGAAAAGUAAAGCUCUUUUGUCUUAA